UAUGUAAUAUGGCGGUGAGUUCCUUUCCGGUAACGCGUCACGAUAACGCUUGCCACGAUACGUGAUCGGUUAUUAUAAAUAACCUAACUUGCACGUUUGGACAAGAAAUAUUUUAUUGUUUUAACUUCCACUAGUGUGCAACUCAAGAUGAAUGAUGUAGGAAUGGAAAAAUUGAUUCUAGAUGAGUCGAGUGAUACAUCUGAACCGAAUGAAGAGUUAUCUAAAUCAAAUUCAGCGAAAGAGCAUUUUACGCUACCAGCAGUGCCGUAUAACCCUAAAGGUUGGGGACCUUGUGAACUACCUGAUCAAUUUAAGGAUAUACCCUAUCAGCCAUUUUCUAAGGGUGAUAGGAUUGGCAAAAUUUCUGACUGGACAGGUCCAGCUUUUCAAGAUAAAAAAUUUGCAAAUAAGUAUGCUUCUCAGUUUGGAUCGGGAAGUCAAUAUGCUUAUUAUCAUGAUGAAGAUGAAUCUACUUUCCAUUUAGUCGACACAACUCGUGUUCAAAAGCCUCCAUAUCAGCGAGGAAGAUUUGGUCGUCAUAAUCAACGCAUGCGUGGACGAGGUGGUCAGCGUGGAGGAUUGAAUCAAAUGCAAGCUCUUGGCAAAUUAAAACUUAGAGAAAGGGAUCGCAAAGGGCAAACGAAACGUUGGGGUCGUCAGCAAGGCCUUAGAAAUCACAAAAAUCAACCUCCAAUUAAGAUUCGAGAUGCUUCAGUAACUGUAAGACCAGAUUGGGUAACUAUUGAGGAAAUGGACUUUCCACGUCUCAGCAAACUUACACUUCCAAAUAUUAAAGAUGGAGAAGAUAUCAUGUGUUUUGGAGCUUUAGAGUUUUAUGAUAAAACUUAUGAUAGGGUGAACGUCAAAAAUGAAAAACCAUUGCAAAGGAUUGAUCGUAUCUUUCAUACUGUUACUACUACAGAUGAUCCCAUUAUUCGUAAAUUAUCGAAAACUGAAGGUAAUGUUUAUGCCACUGACUCGAUUUUGGCUACCAUAAUGUGCUGUACUCGCAGUAACUAUUCUUGGGAUAUUGUAAUCGAGAAGAUUGGAAAUAAAUUAUUUUUUGAUAAACGUGAUAACACUGAAUUUGAUUUACUUACUGUUAAUGAAACGAGUGUCGAACCACCACAAGAUGAUGGAAAUUCAUUAAAUUCACCUCGCAAUUUAGCUUUAGAGGCAACAUUUAUUAAUCACAACUUCUCUCAGCAAGUACUCAAGUCCAAUGAGACUAGAUUUAAAUUUGAUGAGCCUAAUCCUUUUAUCUCGGAAGAGGAAGAAGGAGAAGUUGCAAGUGUCGCCUACAGAUACCGAAAAUGGGAUUUAAAUAAUGGCAUAGUUUUAAUUGCAAGAUGUGAGCAUGAUGCUGUAAUGCAGGGUCCAAAUAACGAGACGCAGUUUUUGACUAUAAAAGCUCUCAAUGAAUGGGAUUCAAAAUUAGCGAAUGGAGUUGAAUGGCGUCGUAAGUUGGACACUCAAAGAGGAGCAGUCCUUGCCAACGAAUUACGAAAUAACGCUUGUAAAUUAGCAAAAUGGACUGUACAAGCUUUACUUGCUGGCUCUGAUCAGCUGAAGUUCGGUUAUGUGUCUCGAGCUAGCGUGAGAGAUUCCAGCAAGCAUGUAAUUUUAGAAACCCAACAGUAUAAGCCCAAUGAAUUUGCCAAUCAAAUAAACCUGAAUAUGGAUAAUGCCUGGGGAAUUCUUCGUUGUAUUAUUGAUAUUUGCAUGAAACAGAAAGAUGGAAAAUACUUAAUUAUGAAGGAUCCCAAUAAGCCAAUGAUUCGAUUAUAUGAUAUACCAGAUAAUACUUUUGAGAGUGAAGGAGAGGAAGAAGAAGACGAGGAAGAUGAACAAGUAAAAGAUGCUUUCAAGAGUUAAUGGAAACAAUUUAUAUUUUUGGAAUCUGUGUGCUUUUAUAAGCUUUAUUUAAAAAUAAUUGAAUACCAUUUACAAGCUAAACUUACAGUAGUGGAGCUGUUGGAAAAUAAAAAAAUCAUUAACUAUAA